CAGCUUAUUAUGGACUAUGAUUAAACGUACAAGCUCUUGAUUCCUCGGGUCAAAAAGGUGAUUAAUGUUACAGACGGUCUUAUCAUUCACAUUUUCAUUAUUUAUAUUGCGAGCUCUCAAAUUUCUUUUCUCACAACAUACACUCCUCCCGCUCCCUAUCUGAUCUUUCAUUUCCUCACCUUCCCUUCAAUGAAGCUUACUUGGGUUUUGGCCGUUGCGGCUGGUCUUGGUUUGCAUGGUGUAAAUGCCGCCACCAAGGUAUACAACUUCACAAUCAGCUCGAAGACAAUCGCACCUGAUGGGUAUUCAAGAGAUGGUCUUGUUAUCAACGGACAAUAUCCUGGACCCACAAUUACAGUGAAUACUGGUGAUACUAUCCAAGUUCACGUAACCAAUAAUUUAACAGAGCCCACUGCUCUUCACUGGCAUGGAAUGUAUCAACGUGGAACACCGUGGCAAGAUGGUACACCUGGAGUGACUCAAUGCCCAAUUCCAGCUGGUGGAAAGUACACCUACACUUUCUCCACUGCCGGCCAAAGUGGAACUUACUGGUACCAUAGUCACUAUAUGUCACAAUACGUCGACGGUCUGGUUGGUGCCUUGAUCAUAAAGGAUCCCAGUGCUACCAGCCCACUUCCCUACGAUGAAGAAAUUGUUAUCCCUCUCAGUGACUGGUAUCAUACACAAUCUGAAGAUUUGCUUGAGCACUACCUAUCUCGUGCAUCCAAAGGAGAAGAGCCUUCGCCUGAUAAUGCUUUGAUUGGAGGUACCGGAUCAAAUGGCUGUACCGGUUAUGUUCCUACUGGUACUAGCUGUAACGCAAACCAUACUACCAAGUCGUACUCUUUUACCGCUGGAAAACGUUACAAGCUUCGAUUGAUCAACACAAGCGCAUUUGCCAAUUUCUGGUUUUCAAUUGAUAAUCACACUUUGGCUGUGGUUGAGGCCGAUGGUACCGACUUAAACCCGCAAUAUGUUCACAGAAUCCCAAUCAACGUAGGACAGCGGUACUCUGUCAUCGUCCAAGCUAAUCAGAAGGCACAAAAGUACUAUAUGCGGGCUCAGAUGGAUACAGCUUGCCUUGAUCUUGGAGAAGUAAUUGCAAAGGAAAGUUUGGCUCUAGCUCCUGUGAUCUAUAAAGGUGGUGCCAACACCUUCAACUCUUCUGUUGAUUGGACUGAUCAGUUGGUCGACUGCCAGGAUCUUGAUUACACUGUAUUAAGACCGUACCAUGCGCAAGCUGCUCCUGCUGCCGCUGAGCAGAUCACCUUAUCAUGGGAUUUCCAUGGCGAUCCAGUCACUAACAUCAAUCGUGCAUUCAUCAACAAUGUCAGCUGGGUGGCGAACUUUUCCUAUCCUACAAUGAUGAAUGAAUACUAUAAAAUGCCUGACUUGAGCUAUGAUCAACUUGUUAUUCGCCCAAAUACUUCUGACUACGUCGAGGUUGUGCUCGUCAACAACGACUUGAACGAACAUCCUUUCCAUUUGCACGGUCACACAUUUUAUGUGCUGGGAUGGGGAAAUGAUACCUACGAUGAUGCUACCGAUAGACCAAAGUUCAAUACCAAAAAUCCAUUGAGACGAGAUACUUCAACAGUUCCCGGCGGCGGUUGGACUGUAUUCAGAUACAAGGCUGACAAUACUGGAGUGUGGGCGCUCCAUUGCCAUAUCGAGUGGCACGUUGAAGCAGGUCUUUUGGUGCAGCUCGUGGACCAGUCUUGGAAAAUCCCGCAACUAAACAUCACAAAUGACGCUCUUGCUCUUUGUGCUGCCAGCAAUUACUCGCAUCUUCAUGGCACGAGCAAGACAGCUGUCACCCAAGCCAAGAAAAAUGCUCCCACAAGCCUGAAGAAUGCACAUCGAAAGAGGUCGGUGAAGAUCGGCAGACGUAUGUUGUAGGCAAUCGUCAGUCCCAACAAUAGCGAGUAUUUUAAUUAAAUAAAGCUUCCAAUUAUG